CGUGGUUCUUGCUAUAACUUUAUUGUCCGCGAUCACACGUUGGGCGGUGACAUGCUGCUGGUUGGGUCCUGUUGUUGUAACUUUAUUGUUAAUUUCCGGUGGACAUGAAAGCAUCCAGCAUGGAGCCAGCCGGGCGGCAGAAACGGAAAGCAAAGAGGUACUAUGAGGAGGAGGAGGCGGAGGUGACGCAGACGCCGGCUGCAUCAGCGAAUAAACAGAGAAAGGCGAAAGAGAUCACCGAGCACCGACCUUGGGGAGAGAGCGUAAAACAGAGCAAAGAACUCAUCUCUGGGGCAGAGGAUCCCUUCCCCGGCUCAGCGCCCGUGCCGAAAAAACAACUCUCAAAAUACGAGCGAACACGGAAAGCCAACUCUACCAAGGAUUGUGUUCUAAAUGCCAGAAGGCGUUUAAAGUCUGAGGAGAACAAGGUGCAGGCGGCAGUGACCCAGGCAGCGAGACACGACCUGCUAUUGCCGGAGGAGGAAGGGUUUCUAGAAGGAGACGAGGGUGAGGACACCUACACCAUUACUCAGGAGGACAUAACCGAGGCUGUGGACAUUACAAGCGCCUCAAAGCAUUUCAACCUCGUCCUCAAUCAGUUUGGUCCGUACAGAAUGAACUACUCACGGACUGGAAGGUGCCUCCUCCUGGGCGGUCAGCGCGGUCACAUCGCCUCGUUUGAUUGGCAGACCAAGAAGCUCCACUGUGAGAUGAAUGUGAUGGAAUCAGUCAAUGAUGUGAAGUGGCUGCACACGCACACGAUGUUUGCCGUGGCCCAGCGGAAGUGGCUGCACAUCUAUGAUGCGCUCGGGGUGGAGCUGCAUUGCAUUAAGAAGUUCAAUGAUGUUUUGCGCAUGGAGUUCCUGCCGUACCACUUCCUGCUGGCGACGUGUAGUGCAACCGGCUUCCUGCAGUAUUUAGAUGUCUCCAUUGGAAAGGAAAUAGCAGCUACCUGCGUCAAAGCCGGGAGGCUGAACGUCAUGUGUCAGAACCCAAGUAAUGCAGUCAUCCAUCUAGGACACCACAACGGCACGGUCUCUCUCUGGAGUCCUUCUAUGAAAGAGCCGCUAGUGAAGAUGUUGUGUCAUCGAGGAGGAAUCAGGGCUCUGAGCGUUGAUAAGACGGGAAUGUACAUGGCCUCUUCCGGAGUGGACAGGAAGCUGACCAUCUUUGACCUUAGAAAUUACCGUCCUCUGACUUCAUGUGUUCUACCCCUGGGAGCGGGAGCUCUGUGCUACAGUCAGAAGGGGCUACUGGCUGCGGGAACUGGCAACGUAGUGCAGGUGUAUAAGGACACUCACCUGACCGCACCUCGCUCCCCAUACAUGUGCAUGUCCGUCAAGGCGCCGAUCCAUGGGCUGCAGUUCUGCCCCUACGAGGAUGUCCUGGGUAUUGGCCAUGGCGGUGGAUUCACCAGUAUGAUCGUACCAGGCGCCGGGGAGGCAAACUUUGAUGGUCUGGAGUGUAAUCCGUAUGAGACCAGGAAGCAGCGUCAGGAAUGGGAGGUCAAGGCUUUACUGGAGAAGAUUCAGCCGGAGCUAAUCACUCUGGACCCCACUCAGCUCGGAGAGGUUGACGCCAUCACGAUGGAGCAGAGGCACAAGGAAAAAGUGGAGCGGAUGGGUUAUGAUCCACACGAGAAGACUCGCUUUGUGCCGCGACACAAGUUGAAAGGACGAAGUUCGACCGGUAACCUGCUGAAACGCAGGAAGAAGGUGGCUCACGAGGAGAAGAGGGUGGAGAUCAAGAAGAGUGUGCUGGCCCGGGCGCAGGCAGAGAAGAGCUUCGCAGCCAAGGUCCAGGAGGGUCAGAGGUCAACACUGGACAGGUUUAAGAAGUGACCCGCGCAAGGCGUGCUUCCUUACACCCCAAAUUUUGUAUAUAUAUUUCUUAAGAAAUAUCCUUCGGCGGACAAAGACUCAGAGGACAAAUAAAACAUAGAAAUCUUUAUUGUCAAGCAGAACAAUAAACAUCGCUUCCGAUAUCUCUACCGAAGACUGCUCAUUAAAUAAACAAUGUAAGGACACCACAAUGUGUGAAAACCACCAUCUGGAGUAGCUUUUUAUAUCACCCCUGCGUGGAGCUGCGGCAGCUACUCCAGCCACCGGAAUGAGUUUAAAUACAUAUCGUUACAAGGUGCAUGGAAAUGAAUCAGGAUGACAGUAUGCAUGCAUUAUCAAAUUGCCAGAAAGCUGAACAUUUUAUAGAAUAACAGGAAGAUCAUUAAAUGGUAAAUCACAUCUUGCGGAUGCCGGACAUCUGUCCAGCUCCGUGUUACAGUAAUUGCUGUAUACCUUAUGGAGAGAGUACUCCACGUAAUGUAUUUACACGUCCGUGCGUUCUCUUGGGUGGAUUCUUUAGGGGUAUAAUGUGCAGGGACAGGUACUCUGUGUUUUUUUUAGUCCGAGUAGUAUUUACAUCUAUCUUGUAUCAGUUCCCUCUGCUGCACAGGUUCUCAAACUCGGUCCUCAGGACCCCACACAGUGCAUGUUUUGCAGGUCUCCUCACAGAAUCGCAAGUGAAAUAAUUAGCUCCACCUGUGGACCUUUUAAUAUGUGUCAGUGAGUAGUUAAUACACCUGUGCACCUGCUGGGUUACCUGCAAAACAUGCACUGUGUGGGGUCCUGAGGACUGAGUUUGAGAACCUAUGCUCUACUGUCAUUCCUCAUUUUUACCUGCCUAUGUGAAUCCCCCCCAUACAUUUAAGCUGCCAGGUGUAGUAUCGUACUACAGCACUGGACUGAUUAAAUCCUGCUCUGCAAUAACCUGUACCAUGAUACAGCUCCAGGCUACAGGUAACGGGGGAGAAGAAGAAAGCAGGGAGUGAGCGCCUCCACCCACCCGUAUUUACACAAAAAGGGAAGCGUGGCUGGCGGAGGCUAUAUGAGGGGGUCGGAAGUUUUGUUCAUCUUAGACAGGACGAUUACGUUCAUACAUCAUAUUCUGAGGUGUCUAUUCCUCAUGUCAUGUAAUAAUUAUUCUCCCCACUAGGUGGCAUUGCAUUCCAAACAGCAGCAAUGAGGAGCGAGUUGGGGUUGGACUUUAACAACACAAACCCUGUGAAAGCUAUACUAUAUAUAAAUGUAUUAUGGGAAAUAAAAAUCAUCCAUUAUUGUA